AUGACAUCAAAGUACGCGCUCAAAGUCGGAUUGCGAUCCAUCCCUCUCGUCGCAGCCCAUGACAAGAUCAAUCUCAAACAGGUCUCAGAGUUCAAGCCCUUGCUGGCUUGGGCCAAGAACCUUGCCAAGGAGGAGGAACAAGUCGCCAAAGACAAUGCUACGGAGAAGCCUCCUGUCAGGGUCGAGAAGGUCGAGGUCAAGAGCGUUGAUUACUUUGGACCCCGGAUUGGGUUUGUUCACCUGGCUGUUGAUGCUGAAUUGGCAGAGUCUGGACAGAAGCCUCCUGGACUCGUCUUUAUGCGUGGCGGAGCGGUCGCGGUGCUGCUGAUUAUCAAGACGACAAAUCCUUCAGGCGAGACCUUGGAGCAUGUUGUCCUGACGAAACAACCGCGUCUCUCGAUUCCUUCGUUCAAUUUCCCAGAGAUUCCUGCAGGGAUGCUUGACGGCAGUGGCGACUUUGUGGGCAAGUGUGCGGACGAGCUGCAGGAAGAGUGCGGGAUCACUUUAGACCACAACAAGUUGAUUGACAUGACCGAGUUGGCCUAUGGCGACCAGUGGGACGGAGUCUACCCCUCUGCCGGAGGAUGCGACGAGUUCCUGCGUCUCUUUGUCUGCUUUAUUGACAAGGAGUGGCACGAGCUGCAGGAGUUGGAGGGUCGAUUGGGAGGAUUGAGGGACCAUGGCGAGAGCAUUUCGUUGACUUUGGUAGCGCUGAAGGAUGCCUACAAGGCUGCACCCGAUGCAAAGCUCCUCAGUUCGCUGGCCCUCCUCAACGCCCUCAAGGCAGAUGGUAAGCUUUAG